GAUUCAAUUUCAUUUGGCUUUUAGAUCACCUAGGAGUAAAACUUAAUAAUAAAAAUUGUAUUUUUUUUUUCCUGAUUCAACUCUAUAGCAUGAUGGUUUCACCUGUAUUCAAGACCACUAGAUGAAGAUUGUGGCCGUCUAUAAACCGAAUCAUGUCGGUGUUAAUGUCCUAUCAUGAUGGUGCAAUUCUGACCGUGUUCCACAUUCAGCUUGUGCACAAGCAACGAUUUGCUUAUCGAGAGAUCUUCGAGUACAAUGGAAGUGCCGUCGACGCUAUGGAAGGGAAAAACUGCUUCGCUAUUGCCAGUGAUCAGAGGCAUGGUGUGCAAUUACAAACCAUCGCUACCGAUUAUUUGUGAAUCUAUAAGAUCCACGAUUAACUCUUCAUCGGACUUUCCGGUCUCGCUACUGAUGUCCAAACAUUGUACCAACGACUCGUAUUUCGUCAUAAGUUAUAUCAGCUUAGGGAAGAAAGAGACAUAAAGCCAGAAACUUUCGCUAGUCUUGUAUGUGCCAUUCUUUAUGAGAAAAGAUUUGGUCCAUACUUGUGUCAACUUGUGAUUGUUGAAUUGGGAGAUGAUAACAAACCCUUCACUUGCACAAUGGAUUCGAUUGCAGCCAAAUUCUAAGGAUCUGAGAUAGAAUCGCCAAUCAAAUCUUUGUUGAUUUCAUGAAGAACAAUAUGAAUGGAAAAUGAAAAAGAGGAAUAAUAAAGCUAAAAUCGAUUU